AUGGCGGGCUUCACCGCGCACAGCGGGGCGCCCUGCCCCUGCACAAAGUGCAACUGGAGCACAGCCCUCGGGACAAAGGAGGACGAGUCGGGAGGUCACAGGAGCUCCCCCGUGGGUGAGGGCAGCGCUUCAGAACCCACGCGCAGGGCAUCCCCGAAGAGAGCGCGGGAGGAGAGUGGACCCCAGGAGUGCCGGGUGCCAUCCCCUCGAGAUGUGGAGUGCCCUGGCCAAAGAGGCCGGCUUCAGGGCUCACGCCCGGAGGGCUGCCCUGGGCGGGUCACAGCGCUCGCUCUCACGUCCACCUUUGGGCUUCUCCUCCCUCCCCCGGUUCCGGCACACUGCCCCCGGGAGACUCCUUGCUCCAGGAACAUGAACAAGGGGGGUCCAAACGCGCAGCAGAGGCGGGCUCCCAGCACGACCCCGGUGGGCUUCUCCUCCGUCGUCCCCAGGUUCCGCAAAACUGCCCUGAAGUGUCGCGGCUCAAGGGCCGUCUUCUGCCCACCGCUCCGGGGGCUGAGGCGGGAGGGUGGCAAGCCGUCAGCCAGUCGACGUCACGAGGACGGGCCCCGGGCAGCGGUGCCGGCCACAGGGAACUCCUGGGACAGGAAGGCUGGGGCCGGGGUGGGCGUGGACAGCGACGGCCUGCCUCCUGUCAGGCCCCGGGGACCGCCACCCCGGCACCCGACACGGAGGCAGUCCCAGGGCCAGACCGGGACAAAGGAGGACGAGUCGGGAGGUCACAGGAGCUCCCCCGUGGGUGAGGGCAGCGCUUCAGAACCCACGCGGAGGGCAUCCCCGAAGAGAGCGCGGGAGGAGAGUGGACCCCAGGAGUGCCGGGUGCCAUCCCCUCGAGAUGUGGAGUGCCCUGGCCAAAGAGGCCGGCUUCAGGGCUCACGCCCGGAGGGCUGCCCUGGGCGGGUCACAGCGCUCGCUCUCACGUCCACCUUUGGGCUUCUCCUCCCUCCCCCGGUUCCGGCACACUGCCCCCGGGAGACUCCUUGCUCCAGGAACAUGAACAAGGGGGGUCCAAACGCGCAGCAGAGGCGGGCUCCCAGCACGACCCCGGUGGGCUUCUCCUCCGUCGUCCCCAGGUUCCGCAAAACUGCCCUGAAGUGUCGCGGCUCAAGGGCCGUCUUCUGCCCACCGCUCCGGGGGCUGAGGCGGGAGGGUGGCAAGCCGUCAGCCAGUCGACGUCACGAGGACGGGCCCCGGGCAGCGGUGCCGGCCACAGGGAACUCCUGGGACAGGAAGGCUGGGGCCGGGGUGGGCGUGGACAGCGACGGCCUGCCUCCUGUCAGGCCCCGGGGACCGCCACCCCGGCACCCGACACGGAGGCAGUCCCAGGGCCAGACCGGGCCGGUGAAGAGACGCCGCCAUUGGGAGGGCUCCUUCCACCCGGGCCACGGGAGGGAACCGGCCGGAGGGUUUGAGCCCCGGACGCCGCCUUACCUGGGUCGCCGCGGACGCUCCUGCUGCGCGCCCCUUGGGCCUUGGCCCUGGUGGCCGACGACCGCUCGCGCCACGCCUGCGCGAACCCACCUGCCGCCUUCCCGGGCCCCGCCCCGAGCCCCACCCCCACCCCCACUCCCACCCCCACCCCAACAGCCCCCAGUUCCUAUUCCAGGGAACCACCCCGCUCUUCCCCCGCUAGCAGACCGCUUUCUCCCUCACCUCACACCCAUCCAGUCCCUUCCCGAGCGACCCGACCCACAGGAGGGAUGGCAGCAUGGGGCCCCCACGGCCACAGGACCCCGAAGUCAAUGA